AUGGGCCACUUACCCGACCCAACAAUCGACCUUGAUUGGUCAGGUUAUGUUGGUUCAAUCCAUGAGCGCUUCAGGGCCUCUGCUGAGAAAUAUCCCGAAAGGACUUGUGUGCUAGAAACUAAGUCUUCGACGCAUCCCGAGAGACGCUUCACUUAUCGUCAGAUCUAUGAAGCUUCUAAUACCCUUGCCCGGUAUCUUCAUAAUGCUGGUAUUACCAAUGGAGAUGUAGUAAUGAUCUGGGCCCAUCGCUCUGUUGACUUGGUCAUCGCCUUGAUGGGUACCUUGGCUUCUGGUGCUACGAUGACGGUACUAGAUCCCGCCUAUCCUCCAGCUAGACAGAAGAUCUACCUUGAGGUAUCACAGCCAAGUGCUCUGAUAAAAAUUGGCCGCGCAACUGAUGAGAAUGGCCCUUUGGCCGAUCUGGUGCAAGGCUAUAUUGACCAAGAACUUCAACUAAAGGCCCAAGUCCCUGAACUUCGCCUUCUCGAUGACGGAACUCUUUCUGGAGGCCAAGUUGAUUCUCAAGACAUCUUCGAGCCCCUUAAAAGCCUUGCAUCCUCACCCCCUGAUGUGAUAGUGGGUCCUGAUUCAAAUCCUACCCUAUCAUUCACCUCGGGGAGUGAAGGAAGACCAAAAGGAGUCCUUGGUAGACAUUACAGCCUGACUAGGUAUUUUGGCUGGAUGGCCGAGCGCUUCAACUUAUCGACUGAGAGUCGAUUUACACUUCUCUCCGGUCUAGCUCACGAUCCCGUGCAGAGAGAUAUUUUCACACCACUAUUCCUUGGCGCCCAACUCCUCGUCCCGUCUAGAGAGGAUAUUCAGCAUGAGAAACUUGCUGAGUGGAUGCGUGAAAUGAAACCUACUGUUACUCAUCUUACCCCAGCCAUGGGUCAAAUUCUAGUUGGCGGCGCUACCGCUGAAUUUCCCAGCUUGGAACACCUUGCCGUGAACGCUAACAUUAUCAAUAUGUACGGCACUACGGAGACCCAGAGAGCCGUCAGCUACUUUGAAGUCCCGAGCCGCGCGAGGGAUCCGGACUUUCUAGAUAAGCUCAAGGAUACAGUUCCGGCUGGUCAAGGAAUGCAAAACGUCCAACUUUUAGUUGUCGACAGAGAGAACCGAUCUAGAUUAUGCCAGGUUGGCGAAGUUGGGGAGAUAUUCGUCCGGGCUGCAGGUCUUGCUGAGGGUUAUCUUGGGGACCCGUCUUUGAAUGAGCAGAAGUUCUUAAUGAAUUGGUUCGUAGAUAAUGAUAAAUGGGUCGAGGCAGACGCCAAGGUGAGCAAAAAUGAGCCUUGGAGAAAGUACUACAAGGGCCCGAGGGAUCGGCUCUACCGCACGGGCGAUCUGGGACGUUACCUUGAAUCUGGAGACGUUGAAUGCACCGGUCGUGCCGACGACCAAGUCAAAAUUCGCGGUUUCCGUAUCGAGCUCAACGAUAUCGACAGUAAUCUAAGCCAAAACCCACUUAUUCGAGACUGCAAGACUCUUGUACGAAGAGAUCGUAACGAAGAACCGACACUAGUAAGCUACUUAGUCCCCGAAGCAGCUGAGUGGCGGCGGUGGAUUGCCACUCGGGGGAUAGAAGAAGUCGAAGAUGACGGUGUUGAGAUGGGACCUACACGUGUCUUCUUGAAGAAAUAUCGAAGCAUGGAAACCGAGGUACGAGAUCACUUGAAGUCUCGAUUGCCGGCCUAUUCGGUACCGAGCAUAUAUAUAGUUCUCGAGAAGCUCCCCUUAAACCCCAAUGGUAAGGUUGAUAAGCCGAAUCUUCCUUUCCCAGAUGUUACCGAACGCGUUGAAGACGCUUCGGAAGAGGAUCUAAAAAGCUGGGAGUCCUUGACGGAGACAGAACAGAAGGUGGCCCAGAAAUGGGCCGAUCUCAUCCGGGGUCUCAACCCGAAAACUAUUAGACGAGAAAACGUCUUCUUUGAUCUGGGUGGACACAGUCUGUUAGCACAACAACUUCUUCUGGAAAUUCGGAAGACUUUUGGAGCAGACGUUUCUAUCAGCACAUUCUACGAGCAUCCAGAUCUAGCUAGUUUCAGCGCUCACGUAGAGAAGAGACUUCGGAAUGCCAACGGUACCGAUACCACCAGCGAUGCACAAGAGGCCACCCCGGCUUAUACUAAGUCUCUUGAUGAAUUGACGGGCCAGUUAGCUGACAAAUAUCAAUCCGCCGAUCUCAAAGCUCUCGACGACUCUAAAAGUUUGACAAUCUUCCUUACGGGAGCAACUGGAUUCUUGGGAUCAUAUCUUGUGAAGGAUGUCCUUGACCGGACUUCUCAUGAUGUUAAGUUAAUCGCACACGUGCGCGGCGCCAAGGAUUCAACAGCAGCCCUACAACGGCUUCGUCGCUCUCUUCAAGGAUAUGGUCUAUGGAAGGAUGAAUGGCAGGAGAGAUUAAGUGCGGUUGUGGGCGACUUAUCAAAACCUCAGCUCGGCAUUGAUGAUUCAUCCUGGGAAAAAUUAUCACAGGAAGUUGAUGUAGUUAUACAUAACGGAGCUACUGUCCAUUGGAUUCGGAAGUACCAGGAUAUGAUGGCGUCGAAUGUAUUAUCGACUAUCGAUGCGAUGAAACUCUGCAAUGAAGGGAAGGCAAAGGUUUUCUGCUUCGUCAGCUCGACUAGUGUCCUUGACACAGACUAUUACAUCAAACUGUCAGAAGAUCAGACAAGAACUGGAGAGGGUUCUAUAAUGGAAAGUGAUGACAUGAAUGGAAGCCGUACCGGAUUGGGCACUGGAUACGGACAAACCAAGUGGGUAUCGGAACAACUAGUUAGAGAGGCCGGAAGACGAGGCCUCCAGGGCUCAGUUAUCCGACCUGGAUACAUUCUUGGUGAUUACCAGACUGGCGUCUGCAACGUCGAUGACUUUCUGAUCAGGAUGCUGAAGGGUUGCAUACAGCUGGUAGCGCGCCCACGUAUCAUCAACACUGUCAACGCUGUCCCCGUGAACCACGUUGCAAGGGUGGUCGUCGCUGCCCUAAAUCCUCUUCCGGGUGGAGUGCACGUAGUUCACGUCACCGGUCACCCGCGUCUCCGCAUGAAUGAAUAUCUAUCGAUACUAGAGUAUUAUGGCUACAAAACUCCAGAAAUCAGCUACAACUCCUGGAAGCAGGAACUAGAGAACUUUGUGUCCGCGGGUGCCCUCGAGAAGGACCAAGAACAGCAUGCACUCAUGCCGCUGGCACAUUUCUGUAUGAAUGACCUUCCGGCAAAUACUAGAGCGCCGGAGUUGGAUGACAGGAACGCUGUUGCUAUUUUGAAGGCUGAUGGUGAUAAAUGGACAGGCGUAGACGAGAGCUCUGGCUAUGGCAUUAGCAGGGACGACGUGGGAAGGUACCUACGAUAUCUGGCCGAAAUCAAGUUCAUCGGCCAGCCAACCGAAAGGGGUCGGCCGCUGCCCGAUAUCAGUGCGGAUAUUGUGCAAGCACUAGCCGUAGGGGGCAUAGGAGGUCGCGGUGGUGCCUCCUAA